GGAAUACAUACUUUGCAUGUUGAUGCCGGACAAGUCACAGGCCGCCAAGCCUGGCACUACACCACCACGAAAACCAUCCCAGCAUUCUCCAUUGUCCAUUUUGACUUGUCCUUCUCACAACCCACUCCCCAACUUCCACGAUGCGCGCUGUCUUUGCUCUGGCUGCCACCCUUCUGACGGUGUUCGUGUCGGCCCAUGUGUCCAUCCAGCCCCCCACCGCCGUGGGCAACAAAAACGCCGUGACCGCCGUGCGAGUGCCGCAUGCGUACAAGGGCCACAACACGACCAACGUCACCGUGUUGAUCCCCAAGGGUAUCUUGUCCGUCAAGCCCCAGCAAAUGGCCGGAUGGCAAGUGAAACUUCAGUCCAAGCUCAACACCACCACCAACGCGUCAGUGGUUGAGGCCGUGACCUGGUAUGGAGGGAAUUUGCCCGACGAACUGUACCAAGACUUUGGGCUCCAAGUGCGCGUGGGGGAUCUUCCCGUGGGCACGGUCCUCUACUUCCCCGUCGUCCAGGAAACCACCAACGGCACGUUGCCGUGGACGUCUGUCCCCGACGCCAGUGGGAAAAUUCCCAACGCUGGGUACCCUGCGGCCAAGCUGACCAUUGUAAAUGCCACCACCACCGCGCCUUCGGCGACAAAUGCCUCGUCCAACCAAGCCAACACCCCGGCCGCCGCAGCCAAGUCGUCCUCUAGCGAACGCCACGCAGUUGCGUCGGGCUGCCUUGUCGCUGCUUUCGCGUCCCUUGCGUUGGCCGUGAGUGGCCCUUAAGCAAUGCGUCAAGAGUAUUUGGUGUCAAUAAUCCGCUUAAUGUUAUCCUGUACAUCUAUAUCCCCGUCGACCUUUUAUUGGGAUGCCUCCGAUUUACAGCUUGAAAGAUCCCUUCCAGACUUUGAGCGGCAAUUUUGAGCUGCAUAG